AUGUGUUUUCCAGUAAUUAAACUUACACGCAUUCAUCCAUACAUAUAUACAUAAAUAAAUUAAGUGCAGAUGAGCAAACAACUAAUUAAGCAUAAACAAAAUAUAGCACAGAACCUGAUGGAUUCCUGCCCAAACAGCUCAUACCUUUGGAACGGUAUAACAGAAACUUUUAGUGGUUUUAAAACUGUGACUUUCCAAACCGCGGUAUACUUGGAACCGGUAUUCGGUCCAUGCCUAGUCCAAACUGUUUCAUGCAUUGAAAAGCAGAGACAACUCAGUUCCUCAACCGGCUGUUACUGUUAAAACCAAAAGAUCCAGAGAGGAUAGAGCACUUAUGUCGUGAAGCCUAUUUAGUCAAAGAGAGCAGAAGAAGAUCCAAACCACUAAUAUGGACUUUCUACAGUACAUCUUUAUGUACAGUACAUUUUUAUUAGUAUGUAAUAAAGCAAUCAUAUAAUGCAUAUCGCUGUCAAGACGACACUUAUUUACACUAGUCAUAUAGGAUGGACUUGCUGAAAUGCAAACAGUGACAGAUCCUAUUUAGCGUCGUCUUGCCACGUAAGUCUCAGCACACAACACGCCCUCGCAUAUUAAAAGUGACAUGCAUGAUCGACAGGUGCAUGUUUUACCUGCUUGGUAGCAAGUACAAGGUUUUGAAUACGUGGCUCUUUUUGACCUUUUUUUUGGCAAAACAAAGACAAUCACAUCAAAGACAAAUUUGUUAUAUUUGCCCUGAUGUUGGAUUGUUUCACAAAUUUUAGAUAUUGAAAAUAAGGUUUUACAGUCUGGAAUAAAAUGUGUGAACACUUUAUUAUUUAGUUAUUUAAUAGGAUCAGUUAUUUAGUUUAUUCAGAAUUAUUAUUUGUUCAGCAUCAGAAAUAUUCAGAACUCAGAAUUAUAAAGUGUUUUGCAGUUUUACAGCAUUGUAAAGUUACAAAAAAGUUUACAAAAUUCGAAUGUCUUAUCACUUCCUUCUCAUAAAUUUGCCGUAAGGAACUUAAAGCAUAAAAGCAAGUUAGUUCUUACACACAACAGUGUGUCCCCCUCCACCCAUCCCGACAUUAUAUCCCUCUCAGUCAGCCAACCAGUGCCCAAGACCUGUUUUGAACCCGCCCCCUGAGCCGGCCCUCUCCAAGCUGCUUUGUAUGAACCAUGCAGCCAGUGCCUCUCCUCCCUUUUGCUUAAUGGCUGUCAGAGACGCAGAAUAGAGGGAGAGCAGAGAUAAAGGGGCUUCCUUUGAUUUAGAGAACGACGGAAACAGACAGCGCUGCGCACACCAUGCUGCCAGGACCGGCUAGGAACCCACACAGUGUUCAGUUCAGGAAUAUUCAUGAACUGUAUUAUUUGAAGACCCAGCGAGCGCAGGUGAAAAUGGACCACCCGGAGAAGGAGAUGAAGCAUCGCCUUCGCGUUUGCGUGGCAACCUGUAACAGAGCGGACUACUCCAAACUUGCUCCCAUCAUGUUUGGGAUAAAAUCUCAUCCUGACAUCUUUGACCUAGAGGUGGUGGUGCUGGGUUCACAUCUCAUUGACGAUUAUGGAAACACCUUCCGUAUGAUUGAGCAGGACGAGUUUGAUAUUGGCUCUAAACUGCACACCAUCGUUCGUGGUGAAGACGAAGCCGCCAUGGUGGAGUCCGUUGGUCUGGCGCUCGUAAAGCUCCCUGACGUGCUCCAGCGUCUCGCUCCCGACAUUCUGCUGGUCCACGGCGACCGUUUCGAUGCCCUCGCCUUGGCCACGGCAGCCGCUCUCAUGAACAUUCGCAUUUUGCACCUGGAGGGCGGAGAAGUCAGUGGGACGAUCGACGAUUCCAUCCGCCACGCCAUCUCCAAACUGGCACACUAUCACGCCGUCUGCACGCUCUCGGCCGAGAGACACCUCAUCUCCAUGUGCGAAGAUCACUCUCACAUCUUAUUGGCAGGCUGCCCGUCGUACGACAAGCUGCUGACCGCCCACCAGCGAGACGAUUACGCCGAUAUCAUCAAGUCCUGGCUCGGCGAUCAUGUGCAGGAGCAGGAUUAUAUCGUAGCUCUACAGCAUCCUGUGACCACAGACAUCAAGAAUUCCAUUAAGAUCUAUGAGUUAAUGCUGGACGCUCUCAUCUCCUUCAACAAGAAGGCUCUCAUACUCUUCCCCAAUAUAGACGCAGGCAGUAAAGAGAUGGUUCGUGUCAUGAGGAGGAAAGGAGUCGAACAGCACCCAAACUUCCGAGCAGUCAAGCACGUUCCAUUCGAUCAGUUCAUCCAACUGGUGGCUCACGCUGGCUGUAUGAUCGGGAACAGCAGCUGCGGUGUACGAGAGGCUGGAGCGUUCGGGACACCUGUUAUUAACCUGGGAACUCGCCAGACGGGUCGAGAGACGGGCGAAAAUGUUCUUCAUGUACGGGAUGCAGACACGCAUAACAAAAUCUUCCAUGCCCUGGAACUACAGUUUGGAAAGCGCUACCCAUGCUCCAAGAUCUAUGGUGACGGAAAUGCAGUCCAACGCAUUUUGAAGUUCAUGCAGACUAUUAACCUCUCUGAGCCGCUUCAGAAGAAGUUUUGUUUCCCGCCAGUGAAGGACUGCAUCUGCCAAGACAUCGACCACAUUCUGGAGACUCAGAGCGCUCUUGCUGUCGACCUAGGGGGAACCAACCUGCGUGUGGCAAUCAUAAGUAUGAAGGGCAAAUUGGUCAAGAAGUACAUCCAGUUGAAUCCAAAGACAUUUGAGGAGAGGAUAGAGCUCAUUCUCACCAUGUGCAAGCAGGCCAUGGCUGACGCUGUUCACCUCAACUGCAGGAUUCUGGGAGUCGGCGUGAGCACAGGGGGCCGUGUCAACCCGCAGGACGGCGUGGUCCUUCACUCCACCAAGCUGAUAAACGAGUGGAGUUCUGUGAACAUCCGUACACCGCUCUCCAGCGCCCUCCACCUGCCUGUAUGGGUUGACAAUGACGGGAACUGCGCAGCGCUCGCUGAGAGGAAAUUUGGUGACGGGAAGGGCGUGGAGAACUUUGUCACCAUUAUUACUGGAACCGGAAUCGGAGGUGGCAUUAUCCAGCACAACGAACUGAUUCACGGCAGCACGUUUUGUGCUGCAGAACUGGGGCACAUCGUGGUCUCUCUGGACGGACCAGAAUGCACAUGUGGCAGCCACGGCUGUAUAGAAGCCUAUUCGUCAGGCCAUGCCCUGCAGAGAGAGGCUAAGAAACUGCACGACGCGGACCUGCUGUUGGUGGAUGGAAUGUCUUUGAACAACAAAGAACAGGUGACUGCUGUUCAUCUUAUCAAUGCUGCCCAAUACGGCAACUCCAAAGCUGAGAGCAUACUUCACACAGCUGGUACUGCCCUCGGUCUGGGCAUUGUAAACAUCCUGCACAUGGUCAACCCAUCUCUGGUGAUCCUGUCUGGCGUUUUGGCAAAGCACUACGAAAAUCAAGUUCGGCAAGUCAUUAGUCAUCGCUCCCUUCUCUCGGUGCAGGAGACUAAGGUUGUGGUGUCCAGCCUCGAGGACCCCGCUCUACUUGGGGCUGCUAGCAUGGUGCUGGACUACACCACCCGCCGUACCUGCUGAGAAAAAGCAAGAACCAAUCAUGUAGACUUUUGGGACUGAGGGCCAAUCACAUGUUGUGCCAUUUGCUAAGCCCGUAAUGACUUUUUAAAGGCUGAUGUUGGUUUUUAUUUGUCUUGUUUUCAUGUUUGUGAUAGAACGGAUAUGUCCGUCUUCCUGCAGUCACAAGCAGGUGCUGUUAUAUUUGGGAUCAAACACCUAAUGAAAGUUGUGUCAUUUUAAAGAUUAAAUUAUGAAGAAAGAUUCUUUUUUUGUAAUUUUUUGUAUUUAAUGUGGACUUUACCAUAGGUACUGGGACAAUCUCUUUAUUGCUUUCAAUCUUGUACAUUUCUCCCUCACACACAGGCAGUACAUGUCUUCCUUGUUUGCGCCUUAUGCUGUUGCCAAAUCUGUCUUUUGUCAGCAUCAUGUUUUGAAAAUGCUUACUUGUCAUCCAGCUGAAUGAAAGAAAAUACAUUGCUGUUUGUUCAGUAUGUUUACUCUAAUUUAAUAUUUAAUUUUCGUCUCAAGAAAGCUGUAAAAAAACCUUUUCAAAAACAGUGGUCUUAUGACUAUAAAUGCUGCUAGCUUCCCUCAUAUCAGAUCUUAGCUUUAUAUCUCUUAUAGAAGAGGGACUGUAGGAUGGUUGCAUUCAGUCUUGCCAAAAGUGGAAGUAUAAACUUGUGUUUGAUUUAUUAUAUAAAACAAUUACUGACCUUUUUGCUUUACUUGUACAUUAUGAAUUAACCACUACAAGGAUUCAUAGAUAUUAAUAUAAAAAGGUUUUGUUUAACUUUUUUAUUUGUUUAUUGUUUUAUCUUCAUAACAUUUUCUUUUUCUGUUUCUCUGAAAGUGUUUA